AUGGAGCGCUACAAGAAGCUGGACAAAAUAGGGGAAGGGACUUACGGAGUGGUUUAUAAAGCCCAAGACACAAAUGGAAAUCUUUGCGCCUUAAAGAAGAUUCGCCUCGAGGCCGAGGACGAGGGCAUUCCCUCCACAGCAAUUCGCGAAAUUUCUCUUCUCAAAGAACUCCACCACCCCAAUAUUGUCCGCCUGAUGGACGUAGUGCACACUGACAAGCGCUUGACUCUGGUUUUUGAAUAUUUGGACCAGGACUUGAAAGAAGUUCUAGACGACUGCCGACCUUCGGGCCUGGAGCCGCAAGUUGUUAAGUCUUUUCUUUAUCAGCUUCUUAAAGGCAUUGCCUACUGCCACCAGCACAGAGUUCUGCACCGCGACUUGAAACCUCAAAACCUCCUCAUAAGCAGAGACGGAACCUUGAAGCUCGCAGACUUCGGUCUUGCAAGGGCCUUCGGAAUCCCCGUGAGGGCCUACACCCACGAAGUGGUCACGCUCUGGUACAGAGCCCCCGACGUCUUGAUGGGCAGCAACACUUACUCCACUCCCGUCGACAUUUGGAGCAUCGGCUGCAUUUUCGCAGGCACUCCGUCCCCGACCGAAGGACUUGCCGGUUUGCCUCAGUGGCGAAAUAACUUCAAAUAUUAUCCGCCAAUGAAAUGGAAAUAUAUUGUGCCGGGUUUGAGCGAGGCGGGUUUGGACUUGUUGUCGCAAAUGCUGACCUUCGAAGCCUCGAGAAGAAUUUCCGCAAAGACUGCAAUGCAGCAUUCUUACUUUGACGACAUAGACCCUGCGUUGCGGGAGACAAACUAG